GGUGCCAUGCUAUCCUCCUCAGGCAGUCGAUUCAUCCUUCCCAUUGGUACAACAAGGGAGGAUAACGAAGAAUCCGAGGAAGUUACUAUUCCACCUGCUAGGCCCGUGCCCCCUCGAGUUGGAGAGCGGUUGAUAUCCGUCUCUGAAUUGGACAAUCUGGCGAAGGGCUCCUUCCCCGGAUACAAAUCGCUCAAUCGAAUACAGUCUGUUGUGUAUCCGACAGCAUAUAGUACCAAUGAAAAUAUGCUUGUGUGUGCACCAACUGGAGCGGGUAAAACGGAUGUUGCAGUGCUCACCAUCUUAAGGGUACUGUCACAGUACUUGAACGGCGAUGUGAGCUUGAUCAAGCCAGCAAUGAUGAGUGCCUCAAUCAGGCGUGAUGAUUUCAAGAUUAUCUAUAUAGCUCCCAUGAAAGCUCUUGCUGCUGAAAUUGUCCGAAAGAUCGGCAGGCGGUUAGCAUGGCUGAACAUCAAAGUUCGCGAACUAACAGGUGACAUGCAAAUGACACGAGCAGAAAUUGCUGAGACUCAGAUGAUUGUUACUACCCCAGAGAAGUGGGACGUCGUGACGCGCAAAUCUACCGGGGAAGGCGAACUUGCCUCAAAAGUUCGCCUCUUGAUUAUCGAUGAAGUGCACUUGCUAAACGAAGAGCGUGGCGCGGUAAUCGAGACCAUUGUCGCCAGAACCCUUCGUCAGGUCGAGUCGAGCCAAUCUCUAAUUCGCAUCGUUGGGCUCAGCGCCACAUUGCCCAACUAUAUUGAUGUUGCCGACUUCUUGCAUGUGUCUCGCUAUACUGGACUGUUCUUCUUCGACUCGUCUUUUCGGCCUGUUCCACUCGAGCAACAUUUCCUUGGCGUCAAAGGCAAGCCCAACAGUCCGCAGUCCAAGAAGAAUCUCGAUGCAGUUGUGUUCAAGAAGGUUUCUGAAUUGGUGAAAGAGGGACAUCAAGUGAUGGUAUUCGUUCACGCUCGCAAAGAAACUGUCAAAAGUGCAGAAGCCAUCCGUGAAGCAGCUUUGCUAGAAGGCAACUUGGAUGAUUUCGAUAUUUCCGACCACCCGCAGUACGAUUCUUUCCGCCGCGAAAUCGGUACUUCCCGAAACAAAGAAAUGAAGCAGCUCUUCGACCGUGGAUUUGGAAUCCAUCACGCGGGUAUGUUACGGUCAGAUCGGAAUAUGAUGGAAAAGAUGUUCGAAGCCAGAGCCAUCAAGGUACUUUGUUGUACUGCCACAUUAGCUUGGGGGGUCAAUCUCCCCGCCCAUGCAGUAAUUAUCAAAGGCACCCAAGUCUACGAUAGCGGACAAGGUUCCUUUGUGGACCUGUCGGUAUUAGAUGUCUUACAGAUCUUCGGUCGUGCUGGUCGACCAGGCAUGGAAUCCAGUGGUGUUGGGUAUAUUGCUACCACUCAAGAUAAGCUUGAUCACUAUUUGGAUGCCAUCACAGCGCAGGUCCAUCAGCACCCGAUUGAGUCUAAAUUCACUGUCGGUAUGAUUGACUCACUCAACGCAGAAAUAUCGUUGGGGACUGUUUCAAAUGUGACGGAAGCUGUCCAGUGGGUUGGAUACACGUAUCUUUUUGUCAGGAUGCGACGCAACCCCAUGGUUUAUGGAAUGUCUCAUGAGGAGCCUGCUGAAGAUCCGCAACUUGGAAAUCGACGAAAUCUCUUGGUCACAUCAGCUGCACGCAAGCUAGCUGACGCCCGAAUGAUUCAGUUCCAUGAAGCUACUGGCGUCUUCACAAUCACUGACUUGGGACGAAUCGCCGCGAAGUAUUAUAUUCGGUAUAAUAGCAUCGAAAUCUUCAACAAGGAAUUCCGACCUGUUAUGUCCGAAGCUGAUGUUCUAGCUAUGCUCAGUAUGAGUACUGAAUUCGAUCAAAUCCAAGUGAGAGAGAACGAAAUCCCUGAGCUGAAACAUCUCAUGGACGAGAUAAUUCCAUGUCAAGUCAAGGGAGGCACCGAUACCAGUCAAGGGAAGGUCAACAUCCUGUUACAAGGGUACAUCUCCCGUGCUUAUAUUGAAGACUUCGCGUUGGUAUCCGAUACAGCAUAUGCAGCGCAGAAUGGCGGACGCAUCAUUCGUGCACUCUUGGAAAUCGCGAUCAGUAAGAAAUGGGCAGGAGCCUCAGCCGUUCUGAUGUCAAUGAGUAAAGCUGUCGAGAUGAAGAUGUGGCCAUAUCAACAUCCGCUGGCCCAAUUUGAUCUAGGGCAAGAGCUACUCUACAAUCUCCAGCGAUGGGCAGAUGAAUUGCCUGUUUCCGACUUGGUUACUCAGACCGCGGCGGAAUUGGGAGAGCUUGUUCACAUGAACGAACGACAUGGUGCGGCACUCCUUCGGGCGGCAAAGCAGCUUCCUAGUGCUGCUAUCUCAUAUGCGGUAAAACCGCUGAGCUCAGAUCUGCUGAGAAUCGCAGUAACUGUGAACAAAGCAUUUGAAUGGAGCAGCAAGGUCCAUGGCUCGACGGAAUUCUUCUGGCUCUGGGUGGAGGACCACGAAGGAGUCGACAUCCUACAAUGGCACCAUCUUCUCUUCCACCAAGCGACCGAAAUUCUUGAUGUCGACUUCACCAUUCCUAUCGUCGGCAGCAAACUGCCGCCAUCUGUCUGCAUACGGUUCAUUUCCGACAAGUGGUUAGGUGCCGAGCACGAGAUUCUAAUUGAUCUAUCCGAAGUUGUGCUGCCUAUGACGCUCAAUGCUCACACGGACCUUUUGGAUGUACCGCUGCUCUCUGCGUCGGCGAUUCAAGACUCCGCCCUCGCUCGUUCAUACUCCCAGUUGAUUACGAAUUUCAAUGCCAUUCAGACCCAAUGUUUCUGGCCAACUGUGCACACUCAGCACAAUGUCCUGCUUUGCGGUCCGACUGCAUGUGGAAAGUCCACUCUGGCGUCCCUGGGAAUAUGGCAAGCACUCAGGACUGCCCCAACCUCAGAUGUGAUUGUAAUAACGCCCGAACAUACGUCAGCCCGACACACCGUAUUGGCCCUCAAGCCGUAUGCUCAAGUUUCCGGAGCUCGCCUGAACAGAAUUGAUACCGCGGCUGACCUAACAGGGUCUGCCAAAGGCUCUAUACAGGUAAUCUCAGCGGAGGUUUUAAUAGCCGUUCUAUCCAACACGGUGUUGGAAAACUGGCUCUCGCGGAUCAGUCUUGUUGUGCUUGAAGACCUCGACGCGCUCGACGCAUCGUACGAGCUGUCCGUCGCCAGCAUCCUUCAUGCGAGCCUCUCCCAACGCAUCCGCAUCGUUGCCACCAGCGCUUCGCUGAAUGACCCAUCGACCCUUGGAGAUUGGUUGAACGUGUACCCACAAUUCGCGCAUUCCUUCCUCCCAAGCGACCGUGAUACCCCACUGGACAUCACUACCCAAACAUUCACCAUACCCCAUUCUGCAGCGUUGAUGAAGGCAAUGAUCAAGCCAGCAUACGGAGUUGCUCGCUCGAUCCCUCCUGGAGGGAAUGCGAUCUUUGUCGUACCCUCCCGAGCACAAUGUUACUCCGUCGCCGCCGACCUCGUCAAACAAUGCACGAUCGAGUUCGACACACAAGGUUUCCUUGGCUCGGGCCUAACAUCCGAAGACAUACAACCAGUGCUCACUCGGCUGCGGAACGCCAACCUAGGGGAUGCCCUCGCCCUUGGGAUCGGAAUCUAUCACGAGGCACUGCCGCUCUCUGACAAGCGCCUCCUAAUGGGAUUCUACGCUGACAGGACCGUGCGCGUUCUCGUUGUUCCACGGGAGAGGUGCUGGACUCUUCCCGUCCGCGCAAGCAGCGUAAUCAUACUUGGUGCGCAGUACCUGUACAUCCGGGGGGACGGCGCCGAGCGGCAAGUGCGGGACUACACGGUACGGGAGUUGGUGAGGAUGCAAGGACUGGCGGUUCAGCACGGGGUCGCAGGACGGAUGCACCUGAUGUGCCAGGCUGAACAGAGGGACACGUACGUCCGGUUCUUGCAGCGGGGUCAGCCUCUUGAAUCGGCCUUGCUGGAGGAUGAGGGGAGGGAGAUGUUCUAUCGCUGGUUCGCAAGGAAACGGAAGGCGGGAAGCGUGAAGAGCAAGCAGGAUGCGAUGGACUUGCUGUCAUGGACCUUCUUGGCCCGGAGGCUGGGAAGCAACCCUUCGUAUUAUGGUGCGAGCAAGGAGGGGAGGGACGGGGUGUUGUCCAGGUUAGUGGAUGAUGCCUGGAAAUGGAACCCCGAAACGGCGAAUUCGAACCUGCCCGUGCCUCUUGCACCAGUCGCAUCUCCACCUGCAUCCAACGCUAUCAUCCUGGAAACAAAACUUGCAUGACAAUAUCGUGAUUCGAGUAUUGUAUAACUACAGGGUAUACGCUGUAUGAGCAGCUUGUACUAGAGUCCGCAAUCUCCUCCCGGCCAGAAUGUACACUCUACCG